AUGGCGGUCACAACAGUGAUAGCCUUCGAAUGUGAUCCAGAAGCGUGCAACACUUACUGUGCUACAACUUGGAGUCUGAAAGGAGAAUGUGGAAGUGUGAAGUGUGCUUGUAAAGCAUAACUCGCUCAUGUUCAUUUGCUGUUGUUUAUGUUUAAUAAAAUUCAUUGCACUGUAAUUUACUGUACUUUUUUUGAACAUUAAUAUUAAGAUUCGAUGCUUUUGAUGAAACAUUUAUAUAACUUCAGAAUAUAUUGUUUAUAGUUAGCUAUCUAUUACGUUAUAGAAACGUUUUGUAUGCUUUAAUGAUUAAUUUCAAAAAUAUAACAGAACGGUUUGAUUGUGCAAAUAAAUCAUUUCAGAUUUACAAGGGAAACUGCUCACAUUAUGCGUUUUCUUCUGAUAUUCGUGGUUUUACUAAUUUUAGUUAAUGCCACUUUCUCUUGGCCCACAAAGUCUGUCAGUGGUAAGUCACGUUCUUGGUUAUUACUGAGUGGUUAGUUUUUACUGUAAUUUCAUUGUCUGGGUGGAUCAUCUUGGCCAAGAAGAGUCUUCAAAUAGAGAGGAGCCCCGAGAAGGAUCGUUUUUAAUUUAUCAGGUUUUUCAAAUAAUUCUGGGCUCUCUCCCAAAGCAAAAAUUUUAGGGGUUAGGGGCACAGAAUCACUUGAACAAUCUAAUAAAAUAACCCUUUUUUUAACUUUAAAUUCACAGGCUCUAAUGACAGCUUCCAGAUACCAGCUCUAAAGCUGGAUGUGACUUGGACUACUGUAAGCAAGAAUGUAAGAAAAGAAAGUUCACGACUGGUCGUUGCUACAAUGGUGAAUGUAUUUGUGUAAACUGA